AUGACUUCUCGAUCUGCCUGGACAGAAGCGUACAAAACGUAUCGGGAGGAAGCCGAACGCGAUAAACAGAACGCUGCAUUGGACCAAGGUUACAGCAAACCACUGUUUCAAUCCACGUCCUCUAUCACCAUAGAUCGAGGUCCGCCAUAUUUCCAGUCCAACUUGUCCUCUGCACGAGACCCUUCCGCAUCCUUUCAAGGCUCAUCCCUCGCCACAUCCUACACGGGGUCUCCACAAGCCUCGUCUGACCCCGGAGGACAAUAUUCAUUCUCCUCAUACGACAGUCAGAGUGUCGCAACCUCCCGGCCUACUCCUGCGCUUCUCAACUGGGAACCUGACUCUCCUUCCCUCGAUUGUUACGAUUUCAUUGUUAAAGGAAGGGAACCAUAUUUUAGACUGAAAUCAAACUUUGUAGCCACAGAUGUGACACCAGAAGUUGUCUACCUCGACCUUGAAGCGAUCCCAAAGAGAGGAAUAUAUCGAUGCGUAUAUCCAUUCGACUGUACAGGGAAACAGACAGUCUUCACCCGACCCGCCGACCUCGAACGGCACUACAAAAAUGUUCAUAGCACACAAGGCCCCAACCAGUUCCGCUGCGAUUACUCAACAUGUGGUCGACGUUCACAGCCUUUCACUCGUAAGGAUCAUUACCGUGACCAUCUCAGAGACUAUCACAAGGAAGACGUCGGGUCUGCCAAGAAGGGGAGCAGAAAUCCCAUAAACGCGAAUGGGAAUAUCUGCAGUCGCAGUGGUGGAAAGAUCGAAACGUUUCAGAUCAGUGGUGGAGAUGUGUUUGUCUGGAAAGGGUACAAGUGAAUUCCAACGGGUGGAGUUGUCCCGUCUGCAAGAGGGAAUGUGAGGAUGAUCGAAGGAAGCUGAGGGAGAACACGAAGCAAGGCAAACAAAGGCUUGGUAAUGACAAUGAUGGAUACCCCGCAUCAUUCCGACCCGAGGAUACUGAGACGGCUUUCCAAUGUUCUUAUUGUGAGGACGCAGGCUGGGUUGAUAACGGUGUCGGGGAUUACGUAGAAUGUUCAAGAUGCUCAGCGGGAUACUCUGGAUCGAAAUGGUGAUAUUUUGAGC